CGCUGACACUAAGUUUUCCUUCUGACCUUCUCCGUACUAGCGGCGUAUACCAUUCUCGUACUAGCUUCGUCCUAUCAGCAUGGAGUGUCUAGCAACGAGCUACGGCGUUGUGACAGCAGCGGCAAUCAAAUCUGUGUGGACGGAACUUGACAGUGCGGACAAAGAACUCACCGUAUUGCGUGCAGUCACCCUUCCAGACUGGGACGCCUAUCGCGCUCACCGUGGACGGCAACCAGAUUCUGAUGAACAAGCUAUACUCACCUUGGCAGUAAGCGAGAACAACAGCUUUGCCGACUGUCGUAGGCUUGAGGAGCGCCGAAACGAGCUGACCCAGAACAUCGACCUCUUACAAUCAUGCUUCGAGCGGCUUUGGGUACCAGCCAUCUGCGGAAAAGUAUACAACACCUUUCCUCGGGAGAUACGGGAUAUGAUCUAUAAUGAGCUCCACCAUGAUACUCGCGCCCAGACGGGCACCGUUUUCCAUCCUGACGAGGAUGCUGGCGACUUCCAAAGAGCAUAUUUCAAUCAAAACCUUGUUGGCGCGGCUGUAGCACGAGAGAUAGCAGAGUCUCGGUACACAUACGUUACCUUCAAGCCUGAUAGAUUCCCUGCUAUCAACUUGGACGACUAUCUAAGUCGGGAUAGAUGGGGCUUGGAUUUCGAGCCUUCCAAGGUCAUCCGCCAUGUUCACAUCACGCUCACCGAUACACUCAUCUCCAACCUGUCAAUCCGGGCCAAACUAGGGGCUUUUCGGCGUCUCAACACACGGCAGAUUCUGCACAUUCAUAUCAUCACACCGCCUUGUCCGUGGUCGCUCUGGCAUGGCGCCGCUCCAGCGCCUUCCGGAGGCCCGCACGGCUGUCGACCCCCAUGGACCGUAAUACAAGUGAAUCAAUUCAUGAGAAGCCUUGAAGACUUCGGUGCUGCGCUCCAGACCCUCGAGCUUUCAGGCCCGCGCGUACUCAUUACGCACCAUGACGGAUCCAUCACUACCACGCUGCACAAACACGACCUGCAGCUUCCUUGGGGUAUGUGGAUAUCUGGGCUGCGAGAUUGGAAGGAUAAGAGGAGCGCCGGAUGGCUGGGCACGUCGUGCGACUCCUGUGGCGCUUGCAGUUGAGCGACAGAGCAUUAGCGACGACGACGGAGAUGACGAGGGCAGCUUCUGAUGCUCGGUAUAGACAGACACGGUAUCGUGGACACCCAUCAUGAUUGACCCGGUGGUAUGCUUGCUUUACUGAUGGGACAAACACGUAUAGUCGUUGUCAAAACAUGCGGACCACCCCCACUGUCAUGGCGCUACGUCUAAAGACACCAUAUUCUUCUAGCGGUCGGGGAUGGAAUGGAGUAGGCUUCUCUUCACGAUUUCUGAGCUUGCCACUGUGU